ACAGUUGGUAAACGGGGAGUUUGGGAAGAGGGACAAGCUUUCAAGUUCAAACUCAUCUCCAAAUGGUCAUUGUGUCACAUUUAAAAACUUGACCAAACUGCUUGAAAACAAAUGCACGGGCUUAUGACUUGGGUCAUGUUAAAUUUGAGGAAAAGCUGUAUCCACAUUCACUCAUAUGCCUCCCUCCUUUUCUCUGCAAGUGGAAAAACCCUAACCCUUCUAUCAGGAAUUCAAGGCUCCUGUCACCACUCCCACCUGCAUCAUCCACCUGCUGGCUCUGUAUUGGUACUCUGCUCCAGGACCACAUAGCCCACGCUCUCUGGACUCAGUGCCUCUGACUGGCUUCAGUCCCUUUCUACAGACCAACACCAUUCACCUGCUAAAUCAUUGUUGAUCUGCAUCAGUACUUCAGUUAUCAUCAAUCUAAUCAGCCUGCCAUCUGUGUUUAUUUGGGUUCACCAUCUACUGACUGCAAGUGAAGGACUAAUCCAGGAGCUCCACUGGUUGCAAUGUCUCAAGACAUGGGCUCUGCCUUCAUCCAGGCACAGCAGCUAAAUGCUGCCAUGGCUGACACCUUCCUAGAACACAUGUGUCUACUGGACAUCAACUCUGAGCCCACCACUGCACGCAACACUGGCAUCAUCUGUACUAUUGGACCAGCCUCCCGCUCUGUGGAAAUGCUGAAGGAGAUGAUCAAGUCUGGAAUGAACAUUGCUCGCUUGAACUUCUCACACGGCACGCAUGAGUACCAUGCACAGACCAUCAAGAAUGUCCGUGAGGCGUGUGAGAGCUUUGAACACGGAAGUAUCCAGUACAGGCCUAUUUGCAUCGCUCUGGACACUAAAGGCCCAGAGAUCAGGACUGGCCUCAUCAAAGGAAGUGGCACUGCUGAGGUGGAGCUGAAGAAAGGCAAGAUGAUCAAGAUUACUUUGGAUGAUGACAACAAGGAAAACUGCAGUGAUGAGAUCCUCUGGAUUGACUACAAGAAUAUUACCCAAGUGGUGGAAGUUGGCAGCAAAAUCUUCAUUGAUGAUGGCCUCAUGUCCCUACAGGUUAAGGAGAUUGGCUCUGAUUUCCUCAUGUGUGAGAUUGAGAAUGGUGGCACCUUGGGCAGUAAGAAGGGAGUAAACCUCCCUGGUACUGCUGUGGACCUGCCUGCGGUUUCAGACAAGGACAUCAUGGAUCUGCAGUUUGGUGUGGAGCAGGGAGUCGACAUGAUCUUUGCCUCCUUCAUCCGCAAAGCAGCAGAUGUACAUGCUGUCAGGGCAGUGUUGGGAGAGAGAGGCAAAGACAUUAAGAUCAUCAGCAAGGUGGAGAACCACGAGGGUGUGUGCAGAUUUAUUGAGAUCAUGGAGGCCAGCAAUGGCAUCAUGGUUGCUCGUGGUGACUUAGGUGUUGAGAUCCCCACAGAAAAGGUCUUCCUAGCCCAAAAGAUGAUGAUUGGUCGCUGCAACAAAGCUGGAAAGCCGAUUAUAUGUGCCACUCAGAUGUUGGAGAGCAUGAUCAAGAAGCCCAGGCCGACCCGUGCUGAGGGCAGUGAUGUAGCCAAUGCUGUUUUGGAUGGGGCCGACUGCAUCAUGCUGAGCGGGGAGACCGCCAAGGGAGACUACCCUCUGGAGGCAGUGCGCACACAGCAUGUGAUAGCACGAGAGGCAGAGGCAGCCAUCUUCCACAGACGGCUGUUUGAGGAGCUGAGGAGACACUCCCAAAUAACCAAAGACCCUACAGAGGCUGUAGCUGUCGGAGCCGUAGAGUCAUCCUUCAAAUGCUGCGCUAGCGCCAUCAUUGUUCUCACCGAGACUGGGAGGUCUGCCCACCUGGUCUCAAGGUACAGACCCCGUGCCCCCAUCAUCGCUGUGACCCGUAAUGCCGUAACAGCCCGUCAAGCUCACCUGUAUCGUGGCAUCUUCCCUGUCCUGUACACUAAUCCCACCCAUGAUGUGUGGGCAGAGGACGUAGACAUGCGUGUCAACUUUGCCAUUGAUGUGGGCAAAGCCCGUGGCUUCUUGAAAGAGGAAGAUGUUGUCAUCAUCUUGACUGGUUGGUGCCCAGGCUCGGGUCACACCAACACGAUGCGUGUGGUUCCAGUCGUCUAAAUAACCAAUGGAACUGAGUAUAAUCUUCACUAUAAUUCCACUUAGGGAUUUGUUCAUAUAUUGUUUACUUUCGUGCAAUGUGUUAAUCAAUACGGGGCAAAUGUUGAAAAUUUAAUAAAUUAAGCC